UGAUAGAUACGUGAAAAAACAUAUAUGCCUCGCUGUAGGAUGUAUAAGUAUAUGGACCUGCCCCCUCGAUAGGCUCACAACAGUGCCCAAUAAAGAAGGAAGCUGCUCAUUAAUAUACUAGAAAAGGCAAAUUUCGAUUCGAAGGUCUUUUUCUGAUUUCCUAAUUUCUUGAAAAGCCCGCCCCGUUCGCCCGGUCGUCGCGUUGUACGGCCUCGGCAAUAUCAGUCCCAUCCAAAACCAAGUUAUCGUGAAAAUCAAUGGAUAACAACCGUGUGACUACAGGGGCAAAAAGGAAACAAGAAGCCGACGAAAUUUCCUCUACUUCAGAAGACUAUACCUCUACUGAGAGCAGCGAAUACGAUCGCUCCGAGGACGCCUCUGAUGAUGAGUUCAUGCCUGAUCGCAAAUACAAGACUACCUUGGUUGAGAACGAAUUUCUCCCUAAUGAUGGUACAAACCGGGCUCUCAAAAUCGAGAUUGUGAUCUCACCGCAUGUCUGGCGAGAUAAUAUAACUGCCAAGUGCACCCACAAAGGCAAGGUGAUCGGGCGUGCCAUUGCCCGAUUCAUUUACCGGGCAAUGAUCACUAAAAACUUUUGGGAAAAAUUGGAUGAAUACAGCCAGGAUACAGGGUAUGUAGCGUGGACGGUUUUUAACCGGUAUGGCUUUCUCAGGGAGAAGUUCAAAUCGCAUCCCGUGCACCGAGGAACGGGAGUGUGGGGAUCCGAGCUUGACGACGGCCCACUUCUCCUAAUUGAAGAAGUGUAUGUUAUGGAUGUGGAAUGGCGGAGGAAGGGUAUAGGACGCGCGAUGGUCAGACAGCUCCUCGUGGUCGGUGAGAAGUGCAUGAACAGCGCAAAGCCAAUGGAUACGUCGCCCAGACGCAUAGCCCGGCAAUUCGGCUCGGUUACGCGGUUUCAGAAGUUGAGCACAGUCCAUGCGCUUGUGAUACCUGGAUGGCUUACAAAAGAUGUUGAGCCUCAAUAUGUCGGCAAGUCGAAGCGUCAAAAAAAUGAAAUCAAUAUUCAAGCAAGCAACACAGCCGUUUCAUUCUAUAGAUCUCUUGGAUUUCGACGCAUCGGCUCCUCACCAUGUUUUGCGUACUCGUUCAAUCCGAACCAUAGAGCACAAUCAAUUGCCCCUGACAUGGACUUUGAUCCCCAGAUGGAACCUCUGGACGACUGGGAAGAGGAGACAGGAAUGGGAGAUUAUAUCAUCCCAUACGGGGUAGAAAUUCAGCUCGGAGAGAGGACUUUGUCAGCAAUGCAAAAAGAAUUUCCACUGCACCAUGCUGCAACUACCCUUCCUGAUCUCGAGUGCAUGGAGUACCUUAAGAAAGUUACUGCCGAAAAUGAGAUCAACUUGACUAUAGUGGACCGCACGCACAAGACUCUUCUGCACAUCCUUGCGCGCAGACUGAAGCCGGAAAGCAUAAGGUGGCUCCUGGCGCAUGUCGACGCGGCAAGUUCAUGGAAGUCGGCGCGCGAUAUAAAUGGCGAUUCCCCUCUGGAUGUGCUCAAAGACUUCCUCGAAGAUAUACGAACUAAAAGACUGGUCUACAUGGGAAAUCUGGAUGUUUCAGACGACUUUCGGGGGUAUCCUGCUGCCGCGGUAGAGUGCCUCUCCUUGCUUGAUGACACUCUCAGCCCGGACCUUUCCGUUUCUCACCUAAAAUACGGAUGCACUUGCGGUCAAUGUAUUGGAGGAUUCCUCUCGCCACGGAUGAAGCUGGCCUUGCUCACUAAAGCGGAAAUUCUAUAUGAUAUGCUCUCAUACGGGAUUGAUGAUGGUCAGACCUGGGUCGAAUGGAAUGAUUCCCGGCUUGAAAAUGUCGCUUAUGAUGUUCAACAACAUUUUAAAACGAACAAAUCGAUUCGUCAGGGGUAUACAAAUAUAUUUUCUCGUGUGUGUGACUGCUUUCAGUCCAAUCUUGCUCCCUCUGUUGAGAAUAUAUUACAAGCGGUCGAGCAGUGGAAUGAGUGGCCCCCCGUGACACGCAACUAUCUUACUCGAGCUGGUGAUCUCCCUGGUAUAAGGGCUGCCGUUACGUGUAUAUUUGAUGAAGCACACAGCAUGGAUGACCGAACCGGGAACGGUGAAUUCCAAAAAUUGUAUGAUAGUGAAUAUUCCAUCUUGAGUGUCUGUCGCAAUGACCGUGAAUUCAAAUUUGUGGCGCGGGCUUGUGGCUUUGACCUUGAAUUGGAGUGAAUAUGUUCC